AUGUAUGAUGAGUUUUGCAAAUUAUUUGACCCUCCAGCCGGGUUGUUUUGCAGCCACGCCAUCUUCUUUUAUUCAAACAUUACAACACCUUUAUUAACUCGAGCACAAACAUUUGAAGUGAAAUUCAAGUUUAUAAUUAACUUCACAUUGACACAGGUGUAUUCUACUUCAGUUGCAAUGCUUCUUACAGCAGUUGUUUCUGUGUUCCUUUUUGGCUUCCAUCUCUCCCUCGCCUUCUUCCUGGGCACAGUUGUUGUCUCUGUUGCAAUUUAUCUGCACUCUGCUGGGAAGAUGCAAAGAUAA